AAUUGCAGGGUAUGAGAAAAACAGAGAGAGAGAGAGAGAGAGAGAGAGAGAGAGCUUCCUCUUUCUUUGCAGUCGCUCUGUGAUCAUUUUUCUUCUUCUUCUUCUUCUUCAGCCCCCUCUCUGAACUUCCCCCGCUUCUCCGAUCCCUUUCUGUCGUCGUCUGUCUCACGGACUCUGCUGUCCUGGUUUUGCGUUUGCUCUUUCUUGCUUUGUUUUCGACCGGGAGGGUUUAUUUUUCUUGUACCCUCGGCUUGUGCGUGCGCUCUUUCUUUUUGCUUGUGAAGAAAACCUCUUCCAUCGAAUUGGUUUUCUCGUUCUGCGUUUACAAGUUCGUGCCUGUUCCUUUGGUUUUGGUAAGAAACAGGUGAUCCUUCUUAUUAGAUCUAACGAGAACUUUCUUGAAUUUUGGCUGCUCGUGUUUUUGGUUCAGAGAGAAAUGGCAGCAGCCGUCGAAUUCUACAAUAGCAACUCAGAUCCCAUUAGAGAGGAAUUCAUGAAAGCACUAGAGCCUUUUAUGAAAAGUGUUUCCCCUGUUUCUUCUCCAUUAUCAUCAUUAUCAUCUUGUGACUCGGUCUUUCCACAACAACAGCCUAAUUUGAAUCCUGACCUUUGCUCCUCUUGGAUACUAAACCCGAUGGGUCUCGAGCAAUCCGGCUCGAUUGGGCUCAACCGACUCUCCCAUUCUCAAAUCCAACAUAUCCAGGACGAAAUGCUACUCCGACGUCAAAAUCAAGAACUUUGGUUAGCUUCCGCUAUGAAAUCUCCUCUCCACCACGAAAAAUUCGACCAGUGUCGUCACCAAAACCACCACGGCUCUCCCCAUCUCCUCCGGCCAAAAGCCCUCCCAAUGAAGCGGGUGGGAGUCCCUCCGAAACCCAACAAGCUUUACAGGGGAGUGAGGCAGAGGCACUGGGGGAAAUGGGUGGCUGAGAUCAGACUUCCCAAGAACAGGACACGCCUCUGGCUCGGCACUUUCGACACCGCCGAGGAGGCUGCUCUGGCUUAUGAUGAAGCCGCGUACAAGCUCAGAGGAGACUUCGCUCGGCUCAAUUUCCCUCGCUCGAGGGACGGCGGUUCAUAUCUCUGCGAUUAUAAUCCCCUGCAUUCCUCUGUCUGUGCAAAGCUCCAGGCGAUUUGUCAGAGCUUGGCAGCUAAUUCACAGAAGCAGGGGAAAACAGGGGAGCCCUGUUUUUUCCCAGACAGGGCGAUGGAGACUUUCGAUGCAGCCGCCGAAGCCGACGAAGCAAUAUUCUUCAAGGUCGCACUGAAGAACGAAUACGACGCCGAUCUCGCGUACCCGGAGCAGGAUUACAAGGUGGAAAAUUCGGUGUCUUCGCCAGCCUUUUCCGACGAGUCCUCGGUGGCGGGGUCUUCUUCACCGGAAUCCAACCUGGCGUUGCUCGAUUUCCCGCCCUCGCAGUUUGAGAUCGAGAACUUCUACUUGGAGAAGUUUCCUUCAGCCGAGAUCGAUUGGGCAGCUAUUUGAGCCUGCACGCGUUCUAACGUUUCUGCUAUGCUCUUAGUUUUCCUUUUUGUUCAGGUCCUUCCAUGUCCAUAAGCUGGUCUACUAGUAGUCUUGUCUCAGUUUCUAGGUAUGGCGUCUCCAGAGGCAUCAACGAUGGUAUUUUUUGACAUCUGUUGGAGCCCUGUUGAGUGAGCCAUUUAGUGGUGGGGGGUUACAUUUUACAUCAGGUAGCUUAUGAGAAUUUCUCCAUCUGUUCUGCUGGUUAAUUUUUUCCCCUCACCGGCUAGAACUAUGGAGGAAUUUCAGCCUGUCUUAGUAGGUUCUCUGGUUUAUUGUACUUGAAGCUUUGUUCACUUAUAUGUCACCGAGCGUUUAGUCUUGUGUCUUUUAUCAA